ACAACAUUGACAAUUCCAAGAUGGCGUCCUCCUUGUCGGAGGAGGAGUUCCAUCGGAUGCAGUUGCAACUUAUAGAUUUAAGGACAGCCAACUAUGAAUUGGAAGGAAAGUGCAAGAAGCAAGAAAGGGAAAUCUUAUCAUGGACUGAAAAGACAGAUCAUCUCGAAAGGGAUUUACAGAAGGCAAAUAAGGCAAUACAGAAAAGCAAGAAGGCAAAGGAAGUUGAGCUCCUCCUCCAGGAGAGUGACACUCUACAGAGGAAACUGGAGAGUCAGGAGGAGGAUUUCCGUCUUCAGAAUGAAACACUAAUGACAGAACUAUCAACACUUGUGGCAGCUAAUGAAGACCUAGAGAAAAAGUUGAAGUCAGGUGGAGGAGUAGAUGUUUCUGACAACCUAAACGCCUCCACUGUAUCCGAAACUGAUGAUGAGAUUCGCCACCUCAAGGCACAGAAUGCUGCUUUACAGAAAAACCUAACAGUCUAUAAAGAGAAAUAUGAAAGACAAAUGGCGCUGCUAUCUCCUCCCAGUUCACCUGAAAAAUCUGCUGACCUGUCAGACACAGAAAAUCAACCUACAGCUAGUGAAGAACCAAGUGAUGGUAUUGAACAGCAGGAUGUUACAUCACCUGAUAAACCAGUAACGGAGAAGAAGCCUGCAGUGAACCAUGUACCGGUAACAGAGGGCCUCUCAAGUGAGAUAAUGUUCAGGUUUUUAAUGAUUUUUUUUUCAGAUUUGAUGUUGAAUUUAGAUACAGAAAUGGAAGAAAAGAGAAUACUGAAGGAUCAGUUGACAAACAAUGAGAAAAAUUUUAAAGAAAAAAUAUCUGCAAUGCAAGAUGAACUUGAUAAGUUAUCUGAGAAACUAAAGAAAAAACAAGAAAGCUACAAACAGCUUCAGGAAGAGAAGGAACAGUUGUUUAAAGAACAAAGUAAAAAGAUGGAGGAGCUUCAGGGUGCUCGAGAUAGGGACCAAAAAUAUUACACUGACCAGGUGUCACGGCACCAACAGGACGCAGAAAAAUUUAAACAGGCAUUAAGUGAGAAGGAGAAAACAUCACACAGCACGAUCGCAGGUCUACAGCGGGAAAUGGCCUCUCUACAACGGCAGGUGAAUGCUGCCAGUAUAGUGGGUAACCAACAGCUACAGGAGGAGACCACCAAACACAGACAACAGAUAGAGGGACUACUGACUCAGGUGUCUUCCUUACAACAGACGAGAGACGACCUUACAGUACAGUUAGAGGCUAGUAAACAGGCUUGCCAGGAGACACUGGAACAGUUAUAUGCAGUUCAGAAGGACCGUGACACUCGUAUCCAGGAGUGGCAGGAGGCUAACAAGAUUGCGGAGAAGAGGAAGAACAUGCUUGAUGAGCUGGCCAAUACAUAUCAGAGGGACAAUGCCAGCCACCAGGACAAGCUCCGGCAGCAGGAGGAGGCUCACGAGGCCGAGGUCAAGGUUCUUCAGGCCAAACUGGUCACGGAACAGGAACAGAGUGCUGAGUGUUUGAGAUUACGGCAGCAGGUCGAUGAACUUAAAGCUCAAAGUCAGUCUGUGGAGGAGGCCAAGGGAUGGUUAGAGAGGCGUCUACAGGAGGUCGAGCAAAAUCUGAAGGACAAGGAGGUGGAAAACACUGCUACACUGAGUCGAGUAGAGGCUGAACACGAGUCCGCCCUGACACACCUCCGGGGGGAGAACCAGGAGAGGCUAGACAGCCUCAAGGAGAAAUACGAGGAAACUUUAAAGCUGAGCUGUGAUAAAGAGGAAUCUCUUAAAGCUGAACUUCAAACUUAUGAAAAGGAAAUCAACAAAUUAAAACAAGAAAUUUCAGAUAGUGUUGAUGAGAAAAAAAUACAUGAGAAGAAAGGACUUACUAUGGUAAGUGUUCUAGUGAAAGAACAAAAUUGGUUCUCAAUGGAGGAUAUGUUUGGCUCGUUUGACGGUGACAAUUCACUGAGAGAAGACAGAAGCUCUGUGUCGUCGUGGAGUGUGGGAGCCAGCCUAUCUAAAGACAUGAGUAACACAAGCGGACCACAGACCCCUGACAGGUUACAGAGUCCUCUGGGUGAAUUUGAACAAGAGCAUAAUGACCUGGUGUCCAGACUAGCUGAACUACAACAGGAGAAGUGGAAUAUGGAGGAGAAGGUAUCUCAUCUUGAGAUGAGCACUGCAGCUAUGGCAGAAGAUCUUAUCGCCAAAACAAAAAUCAUAGAGCACUAUGUGAUGGAUAGUCGAACAGAUCCAAAAUCACACAGUGGAAACCAUGACGACAAACUGACAUUAAAGAAAGUGCUCGACCUUGUGAAUAAGUCAGAUGAACAGGGACUGAAGGAGAUGAACCGGAAGUUACAACGGAUGCUGGAGGAAACUCUAACCAAGAACAUGCACCUCCAAAAGGAUCUGGAAAUGCUUUCUGAGGAGGUUGUUCGACUGAGCAAAAUUCAGCAUGUCGGUAAAACAGAGGCUGGCCAGUGCAAUCAAGACAGUAGUCAGGAGAACAACGUAUCUGAGGGAACUGUUACCAUGGAAAUGAAAAUUACACAAGCCACAUGACACAGAACACCUGGUGAGAUGGACUAUUUAAAAUAACAUUUGUCUUGAUGUCGCUACGUUAGAUGGCUAUAAGGACACGAGAGAAAGGUCUACCAGACACUUCGCGAUCCUAGAGUUUCCCCGCCACAAAGAAUCACGACAGCAUGCCAUCAAUCUACACGGGGUUCACGACGUGGUUGCUGGAUCGCAAAGGCCACGUUUAGAGGAAAAGAAAGUUAUCAUAAUCCUAUUGACAGAACUGCCAUAGCACUGUUUAAUAAUACUCUGUACUGUCGUCUGCUGCUAUCCAUCCUCAUAUGUAGACAUCGCCGCCAUAUUUUUCAUCAUUCCAAUCAUUUAUUAUCUAUUCGGUUUAUCAGAACAUCUGCUACAAAAUCUGGGUUGUAAGCUGUGCUUCUCUGACCCCAGAGACAAAAUAAUAAUGAGCAUUUGUCAUGCAAGUCACCAAUCCAACCGUAUUUGCACGUCUGUCGUGACCCGGUGCAAUUAGGUUAAUAGGUCAAAGGUCAAUUGUGCCAAAACAAAUAUGGAAUGAAUACCAUACGACCAUCAACAAUUUAUAUAGCCUUAGCUCAGCGUCACGACAUGUGAAGAAGCUGCUGGCAAUCAGAAUGUUGUUAAUCAGAGUACACACGCAUUAUUCUCAUCUGUAAUAUCUGACAAAUUUUUCAGACAUAUCUAAAGUAUCCUGUGUAUCGUUCAAAGGGAGAAAUCGGGCGGAUGGGUCGAUAAGUAUUUCGUAGGUGGACGGGGGCAGUGGUAAAAGAUUCCUACGACUACUUGGGCCGAGAACGAUAAAAGUUACUACAGAAUAGAUGUUUGUCUAUCGAAGCUACAGAGUAUGGACAGACGUGUGGACAGACAGUGUGGACAGACAUGUGGACGGACGGACGUGUGGACAGACAGUGGGUACCUGUAGUUAGUAUAUGCCCAGCAAUCCCUUCUUUGGCUGAGAAAGUAUGGUAAAGUUCCUAAAUUAAGUUAAAAACAUGCAUGACACCUGUUGUUUUCUUUGGUGAAGAGCUUUUUACAGGUUGCCGAAAGUUUAAAGACAAAUGCCUUACUGAGAAAUGUUACUGCUUUCCUAGCUAGUUGAUGGUAUCAUACUGCAGAUUUGGUUUUUUUCUCGUGGGGUUAUCUUUAUCGCUAUUUUCGGGGUUGAAAUAAAACCGCAAGAAAUAAAUACAUUUUAAAAUAAUUGGCCUGUUACAUAAUGCCCACGAAUUUUUUAACCAUAAAAACUGAACCAUCGUUAACUACUUCAUUAACAGUAAUUUUGCGAUGUUUUUGUAUGUAUUUUACAGGCAAGCAGCCUUCCAUACAGAUUCAGUGGUGGGAAUUUUGUUAACACGAAUACCAUUGCUGAGAGUUUCUAAUGCUAUCAUGUGUUAUAAAAUUUAUGUUGAUUUUGCGAUUGUUUUUUUUUUUUUUUUUUUUUACAAGUUAUGUUGCCAAACUGUGACUGUUAUAUUUCGUUAUUCUAUGUUUGUUACAUCGUAUUAGAUUAUAUUAUUGAAUCCUAAAUAUAUAGAUAUAUAUAUAUAUACCGCAUGAUAUUUAGUGUUUCUGAAGUCUUUUCCUGUUUCCUGUUUUCUGCCUUUGGUGCUUUAUUUUCUGUAUCAUGGGGUAGCUUCUAGGAAACCUCCGGGUCCAAGAGAACUUCCGCCAAUCAUGUAAUGCGGAAAUAAUACGUUUAAAGCUAAACUGUUAGCUAAUGAAUUAUGAUACAUAUUGAUUAAUGAAUAAGUGUCCAAUUCCAGGUGAUGCGCAUGUGUGAUUAUGAAGAUGUUGUCGAAUUAUUUGGUUAAUCACUAAGACAUUGACCAGGUUUAUCGACAAAAGGCUUACUGAAAACAACAUUCGUAGAUUCCAUCAAUAAAUCUCUUGAGAUGUGUAGUUGCCAAAGGUCCCAGGCCAAUACAGCUUUUGUGUAUUAAGCACAACAGAAAAAAAAACAUACCACGUUGUCGACAGUCGACAGUUUGACACACAAUAUUGGAACCGAAAAAAGACAUCAACCUUUACUGGUAGACCGUGUUAUCUUUAAGAACUUGUCUCGAGUCAAAUUUAGGAAUUUAUUUUGGUCCCUUAAAAUCUAAGAUGAUAGGAAGUGUUAAGACCUACAAGACAAAGAUUUCUCAGUUUUCGUUAUAAAAAUCAGGCCGUAACCUACUCUCGGCAGCGGUCCUAGCCUACUUUCAUUUCUGAAAUAAGUGUCCUCUGUAGCAGUCCUAGUCUACUUUCAUUUCUGAAAUAAAUGUCCUCUGUAACAGUCCUAGUCUACUUUCAUUUCUGAAAUAAGUGUCCUCUGUAGCAGUCCUAUGUCUACACUUCUGAAAUAAGAGUCCUGUAUUUUUUUAAGUGUCCUCUGUAGCAGUCCUAAGUCUACUCUUACUUCUGAAAUAAAAGUCCUGUGAAUUUUGGAAUUGUUCUCUGUAGUAGUCUUAGUCUACUCUUAAUUCUGAAAUAAGAGUUCUGUGUAGAGCAUUAGCCAAUUCGUAUCGGUAGUGACCGUAUGUAAAACUAUUAUGAAUUACUUCGGUUAGUUGUGCUUUGCUGUAGUUAUAGGCAAAAACGUGAUUUCCUUUUCUCAUUUUGGGGCAAUGCUUAAAUUACAGAGACAAAAAUCUGUUGUUCUGAGUACAGGUUGAGACCUUACUUGAUUACAGAUGUUCUGUAUUCACGCCAUACUUUAGUGAGACAUUAGUUACGUGCUAUCCUGUGCUCAGUUUGAGGCCAUAGUUUAGUGAGAGAGUAGUUACGUGCUAUCCUGUGCUCAGUUUGAGACCAUACUUUAGUGAGAGAGUAGUUACGUGCUAUCCUGUGCUCAGUUUGAGACCAUACUUUAGUGAGAGAGUAGUUACGUACUAUCCUGUGCUCAGUUUGAGGCCAUACUUUAGUGAGAGAGUAGUUACGUGCUAUCCUGUGCUCAGUUUGAGGCCAUACUUUAGUGAGAGAGUAGUUACGUGCUAUCCUGUGCUCACUUUGAGGCCAUACUUUAGUGAGAGAGUAGUUACGUGCUAUCCUGUGCUCACUUUGAUGCCAUACUUCAGUGAGAGAGUAGUUACGUGCUAUCCUGUGCUCAGUUUGAGGCCAUACUUUAGUGAGAGAGUAGUUACGUGCUAUCCUGUGCUCAGUUUGAGGCCAUACUUUAGUGAGAGAGUUACGUGCUACCCUGUGCUCACUUUGAUGCCAUACUUUUAUGACAAAGAUACGUGAAGGUAUCGUGUUCACUUUGAAGCCAUACUGUUAAUAGAGAGACGUAUAUGCGCUUGCGCUUUUCUGGGAUCAUUUCAGCGAUAAUAUUGGUAAUAUUUACCAUGUAUUAUUAUUAUCAUGCAUGCUAUACAGUUAAAAUCAUUUUGCCGAGGUCAGUGCGUCGUGCUAUUAACCCGACGAUAAGCAUACUAACCGAGAACGAAGUCAAAGGCUGUAUGUAAUUUAUCGGGUUCUUAUCGUUAAAACGACGAAAUGAUCGAAAGUAAAAUGUCGUCUUUUUUAUACAUGUAUAGUUUCUAUUGAUUCAGUGAUUACUUUCUCCUCUUUUUCCUGACAUUUGAUUGGUGCGUUUGACGUCACAACAAAAUUCUUGAAAUGUCGGUUUUAAUUGAAGCCUGUGAAAUAUUAGAAUAUUUCAUCACAAAACCCGUGUAUAUAUCGUUUUCCCUAGUAGCCAGUUUGUAUUCACUGUUUUUAUGUCAUUGACACCAAUUUCUUGUCAGAUAAAGACUGGAAUUUUUUAUUAAAAUUGGUGCCGUCAAUGUAAUUUAUGAUAACGAUCUAUCAUUCCUGGAACUUAAAAAAACCUUAUGUGAUACAUUAAACUUAAAACAGAGAUUAAAAUAUUUAUACAAACUA